UAAGACUCGUUAAAAGCGCGCAAGACGAGCAAGAAAAAUUUCAAUACCGCCCGGUACGAUCGAUAGACGAUCCAAGAGAGAUUCCGUAAAAGCGGCGACAGGAAAAAGGAAGCUCGAAACGGAACCCCCUGAGAAGGCGUCGCGAGAGGGGUUCUCUCCGGUCUUGUCCCCCGUCGCGAGCGAGCGGCGCGAUGCAUCCCGGUUAAAAGUCGUGCUUCGCAACGGUGGCUGUCCCGGGCUCUCUGGUGGGAGAAGUGAUAGUCCUCACCGGGGUAUACCGCAGCAGCACAUUAUGCGGCUAUGGUGGAAUCAGUCACUGGCGAGUUGUGGGUGGUGGCUAGUCGGCGACCCAUCCGUCCGUCCGUCCGUCCAUCCGUACCUACGUACGUACGUACGUCCGUGGAACGUGCUUCCGCGUCGGUCUGCGUUGACGCCUCGCCAGCGUCGACGAUUACACCAUCGAUCGUGAUCGAGAGGCAACCGCGACGAUCGUCAUCGGCGCGUCAUUAUCCCGCGACGCCGCGAAGAGGACCCUGAAAUUGGACGUCUCGGCCCCGCGGACGUCACGAACGCGUGCGUCCCCCCCCCCCUUCCUCCGAACGACCUCGGCGAAAUGAGACACAUCGAUGACGCUCGAGGUAGAAAUCGAUCGACCGGCGCAAUCGGUGGGAUUCUGAUGCGGGACUAGACGCGCCGCCGGCUCUUCUCGCGCGAGGAUCGCGGCCGAGCGUCUCGGUACCGGGAAUCGAACAUGUGGUCGAUGCGGUAAACGCGAAGGAUCCGCGUGUCACCGAGUGGUCGGAUUCUUCGAAGGAAGAGAGUCUUCCGAGUCACCGAAGACGGACGUGGCCGUCGAGGAUUUCAGUGGCGAAUGAGAGCUCGGCGAUUUUCCGCGGGAAAUCCGCCGGACGACUGAAUUCGGGGAGAGCGGGGGAAACACCGCGCGAUCUUCCUGCGAGGAUCCACGGAGGGAAGGACCGGACGUAAUAACCAUCGGCUGACCACCGAGUGUUGGCGGGGAAGUUCGCGCGGUGCGGCUCCGCGCGCGGGAGAACGGCUCGCGUUUCUCGUUACGCGAGCUCAGCUCGAACUGAUUUAACCGCGAGCUCGUUUUACGACGGGAGGAGCGGCGAGUAACGGCGACAACCCGAAUUUUCGACACGAGGCGUGCGCGGCGUCCCGGCGAUCACCGUCCGCCACGUGACCGUCUCCAGCGCGGACGAAAUUCGAACGCGCGCGCGACCGAGUUCAGCUGUCUUCCCGAAACGUCUCGAGGGGAGUGCGAACAAGAAUUGUUUCAGGAGAGAAACUGGAGGAGAAGGACGCCGGGGAAGAUUGAUAUCGGCCGUAGGGGAUCAUCAUCGCGCGGUACCCACGAAGAAGGACCACGGGGGAGGGAACUUGAGGACUUCGGUCGAGCUCCUCGGCUAAUUCGCGUCGUUUAGCUCGGCCGUGCGAGACCGAGGACGACUCUGAGCCGAGAGUUACCUCCGGCUGAGUGAUCGCUUACCCCGAGCGAUGGCCGUCGCCCCGAGGAGACCGGCGAAGACUGACGGCAGGACCGGCGCGAUUUUCCCGCCGACUAUGCGUGACAGUGCGACGAAGGGAGCGUGCAAGAUUCGGCGCGAGUGCUACGACGGACCGGCGAGGAUCUCGUGACCGCCUCGCGAGCGAGGGGAGCCGAAGACUCCCACGAGGGCGAGCCACCACGGUCGACCGGCCGAGACAAUAGCUGGUAAAACAGAGAGCAUGGAUCGGACGCUCCGGUUGGAAAGCGAGUAGAAUAGAGCCCGCGAGAAAGUGGCGGCCGCGCUUUCCAAAAUCGAAAUCGCUCGAACCGCGGCCGCGCUUCCGUAACCGAACGUCGUUUAGCCUCUCUGUGCUUUCCUUCUUGGUCGAUUAAUCGUGCCAUCGUGGUGGACUAGCGGCACCACGAGGCCGUCCACCGUCAGAGAGAAAGAUUUUAUCUGCGAAAUCCGCGAGAGAGAGAGAGAGAGAGAGAGAGAGAUGAGCGCUCGUUAGAACGGCGGAAUUUUCUCCGUCCGAAUUGAUCCCGCUGCCGAGACGAAUCUCCCGCGGUACGAGCGAGGCAGAUAAGAGUGACGGAAAAGUAGAAAUUGGACUUUGCAUCGAGAAGAAGAGGGCCAUAUCGGGGAAGUGUAGUCGACCGGCAGAUAAAGACGAUUCCGGGAAAUACAUAAAGCGAUACCAGAUAAAGCGUCUGUUUUCCGUUUAUCUGCGCGCUACUUUUCUCGGGGGACGGUUCGUCGUAGAAAUUUCGUAGUGGACGCGCGCGCGCGCCGAAUAAUCGAGUGCGAUGAGCGGUUAAACGGAUUCCUCGAUCCGUCUUUCGGAUGCACCGCCGGGAGGGAUAUAAAUAAAUAAGCGAAUAAACGUCGCGGGCGGGACGAGUCGCUGGGAGUACGCACCAGCGCGCGAGGGCGCGCGCGCUUCGAAGAUCACGGUGAAGUACACGAGCGAACGAACGUGAGCGGAAUUCAGAUCCCGCGUACAAAGGCCUUCGAAACGCCCCGAAGUAUCCCCGAACAACAACAUCUCCCCGACGAGGGAGACGCGCGCGCCAAGUGGAAAACAGCGUCGUCUGUCGGUAGAUCGAUGGCGGAUCUACAUCUCGUUCCAGGUAAACGGGAUGACGAGAUAAUUCGGCGAACGCGGUAGAGUCGAGCGAGUUUCCGCGUGAGGGAUCCCGAAGGGAACCCGCGUGCGCCUAUCGAACUACUCCUCGUCCGCUUCUCGGCGAACGGCGAGAUGGCGAGAGUUUCGCAUCAGGAUCGCUCGCUCGAUCUCUGAUCGUAAGGGAUCAGGAAUUAUCCGGACGACAAAUGUUUGUACACAGACGCGAGACAUCGGCCGUUCUCUCGCGCCCAAACCAUAACAGAUCUCUCGUCGACGACAGAUACCAGACCGCUGUCGGCCGGUGAUCGUUACGGUCUCGACUUAUACGCUUCUUCCCUCCGAAGUGCUUCUCACGAAGGGGGAAGAUAACGAGACACGUUGAAACGCUAGCAACGAUUAAGGACACCGACUCGUCGAUGUUACGAAUCGAAAGUGAGCGUGCCGGGGUACCACUGAGAGAGGACGCGAAAGUGCACGGCUCGGGCAAAGCUCUCCGGACGACGAGUAAAAAGGAGCUCCGCCGAUUAAAACUCCGGUAACGCGAGAGCCCCGCUUACAAGCGGUUUCCGUGAAGAAGCACAAGAACGCGGAUCGGCGGAUUAAUCUCGGAGCAGGACGACGAGUUAACUCGCCUGUAAUUUGAGAGGCGACUCGAUAACGAUACAAGGGCGAGCCGAGAGGCGCGACAAGGCGGUGUAUCAUCGGCAUGCGAUCUCGAGGGUGACUCCGCCCGACAACGUCGACCGCGGGGACUGCUGCUCGCGGUCUCACGUCCGAUUCUCAGCGAGCAGAAGCUCUUCAUUGCGCGCGGUCGAAGACUCGGGUCUGCAAGGCUGAUUUGCUCGAUUGCGGACGAUCGGGAACACCGUCAAAAUAGAGUAUCUUGGCAACAACAACAUGUACGGCGGCGGAGGCCCGGGUAGCGCGGGGUACGGGACCGAUCCGGAACCGGGCCCCUCGCAUUACCCCGCCGCCACGGUGGGCGCCUACCAGUUGGGCCUGCCGCCGCCACCGCCACCCCCGCCCGUCUGCCCCGCUACCGGAAGUCAACUUCUGUCUUACUCGGAGUUAUCGCCCCAUCACAUCCAGCAGACCCACACGGAGGCCCAACAGCCGAAGAGGCGAAGAUCCGAUGAGGAUGAUCCGAGUGGUUGUAAAUACAGAAGACUAGAUGACGACAAUGUGCAGGAUAAAGAAAGGUUUGCAAGCAGGGAGAAUCAUUGCGAGAUCGAGCGGCGGCGGCGGAACAAGAUGACCGCCUACAUCACCGAGCUCUCCGACAUGGUACCUACUUGUUCUGCACUGGCCCGGAAACCCGACAAACUCACUAUCCUGCGGAUGGCGGUGGCACACAUGAAGGCGCUCAGAGGUACCGGGAAUACCGCAACGGACAACGCUUAUAAACCGUCCUUCCUUACGGACCAAGAGCUAAAGCAUUUGAUCCUUGAGGCGGCCGACGGUUUCUUAUUCGUAGUUAGUUGUGACACUGGCAGGAUCAUCUACGUGUCCGACUCGGUCGCACCAGUGUUAAACUAUACUCAAAGCGAUUGGUAUGGUACCAGUCUGUACUCUCAAGUUCACCCUGAUGACACCGAGAAGGUGCGAGAACAGUUGAGCGCCGCGGAACCCCAACACGGGGGUAGAGUGUUGGACCUCAAAACGGGAACGGUGAAGAAAGAAGGCCAAUCUUCCAUGCGACUGUGCAUGGGCUCGAGACGGGGCUUCAUCUGCCGCAUGAAGGUUGGCAAUCUUCAGACGACGGGGGACAUGGCGGCCGCGCACGGCCUCCACCGUAUGAAGCAGAGGAACUCGUUAGGCCCGCCAGCACGGGACGGUCAAAACUACGCGGUGGUGCACUGCACCGGCUACAUCAAGAACUGGCCACCCACCGGUGAUUUUGUUCCCCCAUGUGUACCAGGUGUGGGUCUAGGUGACAGAGGGGGCGUACAAGCUGGACCAGACGGCGUGGUCACGGAUGAGAAUGCCUCCACGCAUUGCUGCCUUGUCGCCAUUGGGCGAUUACAGGUCACUAGCACACCAAAUAGUAGCGACUUAACAGGUUCCAAUAGCAAUAGCGAAUUUAUAUCACGUCACUCCACGGAAGGUAAAUUUACAUUCGUGGACCAACGAGUCGGUGGAAUUUUGGGUUACACUCCGUCGGAGCUCUUAGGUCACCCAUGCUACGAUUUCUUCCAUCCGGAGGAUCUGGCGCAUAUGCGAGAAAGCUUUGAACAAGUGUUGAAAUUGAAGGGACAAGUCGUAUCUGCAAUGUACAGAUUUCGAGCCAAGAAUCGCGACUGGGUGUGGUUGAGGACGUCGGCGUUUGCGUUUCUAAAUCCGUUCAACGAGGACAUCGAAUAUAUCGUUUGCACCAAUACGCACACGAAGCCGGGGUAUCACCCCAGUAGCGACGGUCAAACUGAGAGCGAAGCGGUACCUGCAUAUGGACAACCUGGCCUAGAUUACUCCCUUCAAAGACAUCCCGCCAGGGAUCCAUUGUAUUCUGCGCAUCACAUGAUACAGCAUCCAGCGACCGUAGCUACAGCCAGUCCACAACAACCGAGGCCGUCCAGUACACAGAAUGUAUACCAGGGCUACGAGACGACGCACUCGCCGAUAGCUUACGGCUCACCCGGACAGCAAAGCGCAUCUUCGUCGGUCCUAAGUAGGAUUCAAAAGCCGGCUAAUACAUCCCCGACCCCGGUGCAGCAAGCGUGGGCAAUGGGAAGACAGCAACCCGUGACAGAGGGCUACCAGUAUAGUCAAUUAAGUCCAUCGAGGUCACCGAGCGGGCCAACCUACACGCAGCUCAGUAGUGGCGCUAGAACGCCGGCUACUCAACAAUAUCACGCAGUCACAACAGUGCCUAAUAAUCCUGGUAUGUGGGGCUGGCAGAGCCAACAGCAUCAGACGCCGCAGCCCGACGGACAGGCCGGCGCUCAGGUGGCCGCGCAAGCGCAGCCGCCGCAUCCUGGGCAGGCCGGGCCCGGCACGCAGCCGCAAGAAUUGUCGGAUAUGCUGCAGAUGCUGCAGGAUCAAGGUGGCUCGUCCGGGUUCGAGGAACUCAACAUGUUCACAACGACCUUUGAGUAGCAAUGAAACAAGCGACACGCCGGAAAGCAGUUCCCAUUCUAAGGGAAUUCGCCGCUUUCCCCCCCGACCGUUCGUUACUUGUUCGUUACCACUUGAAAUUCGCCCCGGACUUCCGCAGCUGUGUGGCGUAUUUUUAUUCAAAAUGCGCAAACCCCAGUUCAGUAAAUUAAAGCGCAUUCCAGAGUAGCGUGUUGAAAAUGACUAAUAUUGCGACUACUGCGAGCAUGGCCGAGUUGUUUGAUUUCCUUGAAUGUUGCGCAGGGCUGCCGGGUAAUGAUACUUUAUUCAUCUGACCGAUCUGUACUUCUUCACAUUCACAAUUACUUUCACUUUUAGGAACUUAUACUUUAAGGAUACUGAUUUAUCCUUCAUUAGUCUCUGACAAGAAUUGAACAGAUGGCGAGUCGACAUCUUUUUUCGUGACAAGUUUGUAAUAAUUGUGAACGCAAAAUGGGAAGGAUUCCUCCGAUACUUGAGUUUUUACUCGCUAAUGCCUCCCAAAGUUGUUCUAACGACAAUAAGCAAAUACGAUUAUGCACAAUUCAGUCAUUCGACGUCUUUCCUAAGUCGCAAAAAUCCAAUCGAAAUUCAGAAUCGUUUGACAAUCAAAAUUUUAUGACAGAAAAUUGUCAACCAUCGCGGUAAUUAUCUCGAGUUAGUAUAGGCCGGUAGUGAACUGUUUCCUAAAUUACUUAUUAGGGUUCCAAUAUUCGGAUCUGACACUAUUAUACCCGAUUAUAUUCGGAUAAUGGAUAAAUGUGACGCUUCAAAUCCGAAGCCGGACUCGGAUCCGGAUUUAAAUUGAUAACGGAGGUGACCAAACAGACACGAUCGCAGUAACUUGGAUCCCUCUCGAAUAUUUAACAAUUUUACGUGAGAGGAUGUCAGUUUACGAAUUCUCUUAAUUCACAAACUGUCAAGUUCGUAAUCUCCGUGAUAGCCGUUCGCGAUAACCGCGAAAUAAGCAACGAGAUGCAUUGAGAUCGAAAUUUUGAGAUAACCACUCAACAUCGCGGAAAAGAAACUAUAGAUGUUUUGGAUCCCAUCUCAGCGCAUCUCUGUUCUGGACCCGAAUCUCAUCAUCAGUUUUGAAUUCGGGUCCGACUUCGACUUCGGAUCUCGAUUCUGAUCUGAACGUGUAUAUAGAUUAUACAGUUAUAUACAAUUAUGUAUAUAUAGGUUAUCUGAGUUUCGAUCUCGGAUAUCCGGAUGAUCAGAUCAGGUCCGGAAACAUGGGAGCCCUAUUAGCUACGUGAAAGAACUUGUAGGCAACAACAGUCGACAUGUUGCGACAGAUAUGGACACAACGUGUGUCAGCGAACCAAUAGCGACAUGAUUGUCUUUGGAUUCUUAAUCAAGCACUCGUGACAUUACAUGCAUUGAGUUUGAAAGAAACAACGUACUAUUUACGUAAAUAAUGUUCCUUUUUUCAUUAAAUAACAUGUUUUAAUCGAGUGAAAUAAAAUUUUUCUCGAUCUGGACAUUACAAGCGCGCAACUUAGUAUACAUUGCAUCAGUGCAAGUGUAAGAUGUACGUAUUAUAUAUUAUCCUUCAUUUCUUGAAAGCAAUUUAACAUCGAAUAAAAUUUACUACACAAAUAUUAAUUUUUCCUUAUCGUUCAAACUGUCGAAACUGAUAUUCCGUGCGGUGACAAUCGCUCGCAGAAAGAAAUACGUUGCACAGUGCACAUCGGGAAAGCUAAUCAGCGUUGCGGAGAAAGGGACAACAAUGACUUCGGUAAUUUCGAGAUGACUUCGAUACUCUUGAGUUUCAACUUAACCCGCCAUUUUCGUGAAUGAACUGAAACAUGGCGAAUGCUCGUCAUUUAGCUUUAUUAUUUCCAUUUGUGAAUAAAUUUAAAAUCAUAUUUGAAACAAUUGCACGUAUAGAAAUUGAAACUAGCUAAAAAAUGUAAUUUCGUGAUUCAUUUGGCUUCCUGAAUUUAGUUCGCGGAAAGUCCUUUUCCUCGAGUCAUUUAUAACUCGGAAAUGUUAAGUACUUUGAUACUCGUGUGUCUCUCGAAAUUAUUUGAGGAAUCAGACCUUCAAUGAUUUUUAUGUAGUAGAACACUAUAUAAGUAUAUUAGUAGACAAUGCAACAGAAUGUAUUUGUUACUGAGCUGGGGGGGGGGAGGGGGAACUAAUACGGCACAAACGUAACGAAACACAAUAAAAGCGCAAAAUUCAAAAAGUGCGGGGCUAAUUUCGCAUAGGUCUGUUUAUCACUUGGGGAUUAAAUCCUGGGCAUCUGCACUUUCAUCACAGCAUCUGGAUCGAUUACGAUUACGAAAGAGAGAGAGAGAGAGAGAGAGAGA